AUGAAACCUCUUCUCUGUUUUCUUCUUGUCCUCUGUGUCUGCCUCAACGCAUCAGGAAAAAGAACAGAGAAGAGGAAGUAUGUUUCCAUUAGGAACAAGGCAAAAAACGAAGCACUCGUUGACUGCACGGCUGGGAACGGAAUUUUCAAGAAAUUGUUGAAGCCUGGUGAGAAAAUUCUCUGGCGCUUGCCAAAGGGAACUGGAGGGAAGAGCACGAGCAUGAUUUGCCAUGUCGAUAUUCGGAACGAGGAUCACGUUCAUGGAUACUUCUCUGCAUUUCUUCACAAGACAUGUAAAAAUAAGUGUAGGUGGAGGAUUUUAGAUGAUUGGAGAGUGCAGCUGAAACUGACUCCUGGAAAAUGGAAGACCUUUAAGCUGGAGCAAAACAAGGAAGAUGCCAGGAUUUCUGGUGAUCAGUUUUGUGGAGUAACUAGUCCUGAUUCUGCUACCAAAAGGGGGAAACAUAAAUCUGAAAAUUGUGGUGGUGAUUCUUGUAAUGAUGACAAUCCAGUUUCAUCUCCUGGAAAAGACAAAUCUUUACCAGUGCCGCUUAAGAAACGAGAGCAGCAUGGACCUAAGGAGGGAGAUAAAUGUCUGGGCUAUUUUUGUCCGAAAGAGGGUAGAGCUUCACCACCUAAGCGGUCUACAGAAGGAACAACAAAGCCCAAAGAGCAGAAGAAAUGUACUGGUGCUUCCUGUAAGAACAGUUCUCAGCUUUCACCACCUCCUACCAAACCAAAACAGAGAGGGAAACUUUGUAUUGGUGGUUCUUGCGGUAGUAAUGGCAAAAUUGCACCGGCUCCGACAAACCAAAAGCAACCGCAGCAACAACCAAAGAAAUGUGAUGGCAAGUCUUGUGGGAAGGACACUAAGGUUCUGCCGCCUGCAAAACAGACAUCGGUGUCCAAAGAAGCAAAGAAAUGUGAUGUUAAAGUUGCACCACCUCCUACACAACAAAAAUCCCGUGACACUAAAUCACCACCACCUACAGAGGGGAAAUCAAAUUCAAGAAAUGCCAAGAAAUGUGCAGGUGAUUUGUGCGGCGGUGGUGCUAAACUUGCACCAGCUCCUAGUAAGCAAAAAUCCCAACAGUCUACCAAAUGUGACGGCAUUUCUUGUGGUGGGAAAACCAUAUUACCUCCACCUGUAAGUGGGCAAGGGAAAUCUAGAGGACCUGUUCCUGACGGCAAACUUGCACCACCUCCUACGAAGCAAAAGUCCAAACAACCAAAGAAAUGUGAGAGCAUUUCUUGUGAGAAGACAGAUAAACAACAGCAUGGGAAACAGACACAUGGAGGAUAUGAUGCAAAACAUGCACCACCUCCUUCAAACCAAAAAUCUGAAGGGCUUGAUGCAAAACUUGCACCACCUCCUAACCACAAAAGAUCCAAAGGGCCUAAAACCAAACUUGCAUCACCUCCUACGAGCCAAAAACCCAAAGGGCCUGAUGAAAAACUUGCACCACCUCCUAAAAACCAAAAAUCUAAAGAGCCUCAUACUAAACCUGCACCACCUCCUACAAACCAAAACUCUAAAGGUCCUAAUGUGAAACAUGCACCACCUCCAACAAACCAAAAAUCCAAAGUACCUAAGGCAAAACUUGCACCACCUCCAGCAAACCAAAAAACCAAAGUACCUAAGCCAAAACUUGCACCACCUCCAGCAAACCAAAAAUCCAAAGAACCAACGGCAAAACUUGCACCACCUCCAGCAAACCAAAAAUCCAAAGUACCUAAGCCAAAACUUGCACCACCUCCUAUAAACCAAAAAUCCAAAGGGCCUUAUUCAAAACCUAUACCACCGCCUACAAACCAAAAAUCUAAAGGGUCUCAUGCAAAACUUGCACCACCUCCUACAAACAAAAAGUCUAAAGGACCUGAUGCAAAACUUGCACCACCUCCUACAAGCCAACAAUCCAAAGGGCUUACGGCAAAACUUGCACCACCUCCUCCAAACCAAAAAUCUAAAGGGCUCGAUUCAAAACUUGCACCACCUCCCACAAACCAAAAAUCCAAAGGGCCUAAGGCAAAACAUCCAUCACCUCCUCCUACAAACCAAAAAUCCAAAGGGCCUAAUUCAAAACUUGCACCACCUCCUAUAAACCAGAAAUCAAAAGGGCUUGCACCACCUCCCACAAACAAAAAAUCCAAGGGGCCUAAGGCAAAAGUUGCACCACCUCCUCCUACAUACCAAAAAUCCAAAGGGCCUCAUUCAGAACUUGCCCUGCCUCCUGCAAACCAAAAAUCCAAAAGGUGUGAUGCAAAUCUUGAAUCACCUCCCACAAAACAAUCCAAAGGGCCUAAUGCAAAACUCGCAUCACCUCCUACAAACCAAAAAUUCAAAGGGCCUAACUCAAAACUUGCGCCAACACCUACAAACCAAAAAUCUAAACAAGCUCAUGCAAAACUUGCAUCGCCUCCUACAAACCAAAAACCCAAAGGGCCUAAGGCAAGACUUGCACCACCACCUCCUACAAACCAAAAAUCCAAAGGGCCUAAUGUAAAACUUGCACCGCCUCCCACAAACCAAAAAUACAAAAGGCCUAAUCCUAAACUUGCUACACCUCCUACAAACCAAAAAUCCAAAGGGCCUACGGCAAAACUUGCACCACCUCCUACAAACCAAAUACCCAAAAGGCCUAGUCCAAAACUGACACCACCACCUACAAACCAAAAGUCCAAGAAUGCUAAGGAGUCACCUUUUACCAAGGGGAAACCAGUGCUCAAAGGACCAAAUGCUAAGCUUGCACCAUCUCCUACAAAGCAAAGGUCCCAGCAACCCAGGAAAUGUGUUGGGGCUUCUUGUGAAAAGAAUGCUACGCAAACACAGCCAGCCAAGGGGAAACGAAGAGCUAGAGGAGUUGAAGAAAAACUUGCACCACCGCCUACAAAGCAAAAAUCCCAGCAGGCCAAUAAAUGUGAUGGCACUUCUUGUGAGAAAAAUGCUAAACAAUCACUGCCUACUAAGGAGAAACCAAAAUCCAAAGAACCUGAUGCAAAAUUUGCACCACCUCCUACAAAGCAAAAAUCCCAACAACCCAAGAAAUGCGAUGGUGUUUCUUGCGAGAAGAAUGCUAAAAGACCGCAGCCUACAGAAGGGGCAGAGAAACCCAACACAAGAUCUAAACAUGCACCACCUCCUAAUGCUAAAUCACCAAUUGAUACAAAAGUGCAGCCGAAACCCAAUAAAGAUGCUAAAACUGCACCACCUCCUUCGAAGCAAAAAUCCCAAAAACCCAAGAAAUGUGUCGGCGCUUCCUGCGAUGAGAACCCUAAGUCACCGUCACCAACAAAAGGGAAGCAGAAAUCCAAGGCGCCAGUUACCAAACUUUCACCACCUCCAGUGAAGCAAAAACAUAAUUCCUCAUCCCCCAAGAAAUGCACGAGUGCUCCAUGUAGACCAGAAACAGAAGGGCCACGUAAAGCCACAAAGUGCAACAGCGGUCGUUGCAAUGAUGCCGCUAGACCUCCACGACGUCAUAAAGUCUUUUACUCCUGUAUUAGAGAUGACUCUAAGUAGCAAGCUAUGUCCAAAGUGGAUUCUUUUGAAUAAACAAGUGGCAGAAGAACAGCUGCCUUGCAAAAGUGCUUCUCGGGGCGUAUAUAUAUUCAUCUGAACCUAAGCUUAUUUGCUUCUUUGUUCUAUUCAUUUCUUGAUUCCUCUGUGAUCAUACCUUUUACUUGUUCACAAAUAUAAUAGCUUUAAUCAUAUUGAUGAAUAAUCUGAACACUUUUAUCAAAGUUUCUUCUGUUACAUAUCUGAAUGAUCACAUA